AUGCUCUGUUCCGGAAGGAUUCUUACCGUUCCCCGUGUCCCCGUGCUGUUGUCCUCGUCGCGCUAUCUCCACCACGCAAAGUUCAAAUCCAAUCUCAAGUGGCGAUCUAUGGCCUCCGAUCCCGACGUGCCCUCUUUUACGGACAAGAAUUCCUCAGCGUUCUGUAUAAUAGAAGGCCCGGAGACGGUCCAGGACUUUGCAGCCAUGGAGUUACAGGAAAUUCAGGACAAUAUUCGGAGUCGCAGGAAUAAAAUCUUUCUGCAGAUGGAAGAGGUUCGUCGGCUUAGGAUACAGCAAAGACUUAAGAGUGCUGAGCUUGGGAUUGUAAACGACGAGCAGGAAAACGAGCUUCCUGAUUUCCCUUCAUUUAUUCCAUUUUUGCCGCCAUUGAACUCGUCCAACCUGAAAGUCUACUAUGCCACCUGCUUCACACUUAUUGCUGGAGUCAUGCUUUUUGGAGGACUUUUAGCUCCCACGCUGGAGCUCAAACUUGGAAUAGGUGGGACAUCGUAUGCUGAUUUUAUCCGCAACGUCCAUCUCCCAAUGCAAUUGAGUCAAGUUGAUCCAAUUGUGGCGUCAUUCUCUGGAGGAGCAGUUGGAGUAAUAUCUGCCUUGAUGGUGGUCGAAAUAAACAAUGUGAAGCAGCAGGAAGAUAAGAAAUGCAAGUACUGUCUUGGUACAGGGUAUCUCGCCUGUGCUCGUUGUGCAAGCACUGGAUCUGUUGUUCAGACUGAUCUAGUCUCCACAUCAAAUGAAGUGGAUCGACCCCUAUCACCGCCUAAGUCAGAAAGGUGUUCUAAUUGUUCGGGGUCUGGGAAGGUCAUGUGCCCUACGUGUCUCUGCACAGGAAUGGCUAUGGCUAGUGAGCACGACCCACGGAUCGACCCAUUCGACUGA